AAUGUUCUAAAUAUAGUUCCUAAGUUCAUUAUCUAAAUAUCAAUCAAUUGUCAGGGAUUUCAAAUGAAGAUUAUAAAUUCGAACUAGUUGCGUAUUUCAAUUUGACACAAGUAGUAGUAUGACAAGUAGUUUUCAGUAUAACUGAAUUUCUUAAUUGAGUGACUACUUUGCGUAGUGAUUUAUAUAGGCGUGUGAAUCCAAUAUGGUGGACGUUGGAAAACAAAAUUGAAACCCAAAAUAUAGAACACUUUUCCAAAUAUGAAUAUAUUGCAAAUAUGAAAAGACAACAAGAAAUGGACAGUGGACCCCGGGGUAAACGAGGCUACACAGAUUACAAUAAUGACCCCAGAGAUUAUCGUAGUCAAGAUUUUAGUCGAGACAGAGGUCCAAGAAUUGAUUCAAAAAUGAGGGAUUUUCAAAAAAUCGACAGAUAUCAAGACAGUGGUGACGGUUUCAGGUCGAAACGUCCUCGCGAUGAUCGAGGAUAUGAUAAUUAUCCUAGACUGGAGAAGAGAACUUUUGAUAAACAAGGGGAGCAAGAGUUUUCAUCACUUGCAGUCACAAGAGCUGAUGAACAAAUUCCCGAUGGUCAAUUACGUGAACACCUUUUUGGACAGUUCAAAAAGUUUGGGGAAUUCAAUAUCAAAAUUACAAGAAACCAACAUGGUAGAGUGGCAUAUAUUAAUUUUGACAAACCAGAGGAUGCUCGUGAUGCCAAAUAUGCUCGUCAAAACAAGUUAUACAUGUUUGAUAAGCCACUGAGAAUCGAAGCAGUCUACAGGAGGUAUCAUUAUGAUAAACCACAAAAUUCAAGACCUUUACGUAGUCCAAGUCCGGUGCGCCAAGACACAUAUUCAAAUAGAAGUAAUUCACCAGGGUCAGCACGUAACAGAAUGCUUUCAAGUAAUCGUGAUAAUGGUCCAAGAGUUGACCGUAAAUAUGAGAGAAAAGAAGAUAUAAGAGAUAUGAACAAAUUUUCACCAAGUGAUCAAGAUGGAAGAAAAUUCCCACAUCAUUUGCAUCAUAUUCCACCUGAAGAUGACCCUGAAGCAACUUCAACUUUGUUUGCGGGUAACUUAGACCUUGAUAUUAAUCAAGAUGAGUUAGUGAAGAUAUUCAGUCAAUAUGGUCAGAUUGAAGAUAUUGAUGUGAAGAGACCACCAAGAGGAACGGGAAAUGCAUAUGCGUUUAUUCGUUAUUUGAGUUUGGAUGAUGCCCAUAGAGCUAAACGGGAAGUGUCUGGUCAAUAUAUUGGACGUUAUGAGUGUAAAAUUGGUUAUGGAAAAGCAAUACCAUCUGCAUGUUUAUGGGUUGGAGGCCUGGGUCCAUGGAUAAGCAUGGAAACCUUGGAGACAGAAUUUGAUCGAUUUGGUGUUAUAAACAAAAUCUUGUGGCCCCCAGGACGUGAUUUUGCGUUUGUAUUGUUAGGCAGCAUUGAUGCAGCACAAGCUGCUGCACAGAAUAUGCGUGGUGUAGCCCUAGGUGGACCUGAUAAUGUGAGAUUGAGAAUAGAUUUCGUAGAUCCUAAAUAUGCUACUGGUGAAAUUGAUCUCAAUGCUAAGUUUGGCUUUGCGCCUAAAAUACAGGAAGAACCUUCAAGCAGUAGGAGAAACAAUGAUCAGAAUGGAAAUUCCCGAGAUCGUUUUAAAGAUAUUCGCAGGUCAAAUAGUGACAGACGUCGUUAUGAUCAAGAUCGACGCAGUGGACCCAAAAGCAUAGAAAAUGAAUCAAGCUUUAGAUCAAGGACCCCUGAAGGGAAUGGUGAUUAUCAAGGAUCUAGAAGACGAUCAGAUGAAGAGAAUCAUCUAAAUGUCCCUGAUGAUCCUUCUAGGUCAAAUGAUAAACAAGAUGUUUCAGUAUUCGAUCAUGUCAACACAUUUACAGAUUUCAUCAAAUGCCUUCAAGUAGCAUGGAAUGGUGUUCUCAUUAUGAAAAAUAGUGCAUUUCCUGCACGAAUGCAUAUUGUGAUGGGAGAUGUUGCUAUAGUUGAUACAUUGAUGAGGGACGCAACAUCUACAGAGACCCCUAUGUUACGCAUUGCACAACGUUUACGUCUGGACCAACCUGCCAAAUUAGAAGAAGUGACAAGAAAGGUUGAAUGUAGUGGACCGAAUAACCAUUGUAUAUUGAUAGCUGUGCCAUCAACGAACCAUUCUUUAAGUGACGCUACUCUUCAACAGCGCCCAUUAAAGAACCUAGUGACGUAUUUGAAGCAGAAACAAGCUGCAGGCGUGAUUACAUUGCCCCCUAACCCAACAAGGGAAAGAGAGCAGGGGGUGCUACAUGCUAUUCCCCCUUCAGACUUCGGCCAACAGUUUCUCCUUAAGAGGGCACCUAAGUUGGGAAUCGAACCAAUGAAUGAAGAUCAUAUUGUGAUCGUAGUGACGCGAAAUCAGCUAUCACUGGGACCUUAUAUUAGAAGCUUAGCUGCUGGAAGUCAACUUACUCAUAAUACUAAAUUAAAGGCUCUUAAAGAAGUUUUGCCAAAAGGUGGAAAUAUUGGAACAUUGAAAGUGAUACUUUAAAAUUAACAUCUGUGGCCUGAACAAUGUUGUAUGAUGAUGUGUUCAUCCAUAUAAGGACAACUUAUGUUGUGACGUAUGCCAACUCAAGAUACGUUAGAUACAACAGGAUUCUACACACACGUAACACUUGAAUGACACCUUUCAACUCUUGAAAUAUGUAAACAUGAGAAGAUUGUGUUUAGAAGAUAUACCAGGUGCUGAACAGUAAUCAAUCUUCAGUUCAUGCAGUAUGCUUUUCAGGGUUCCAGCAUAACAGCGACAGCAAUCAUGUCACAGUCGAGCAGUUUUCAAAUUGGAGGCUUCAGUAAUAUCCAGCAACGAGUCGCAACAACCUAUCUAAAGCUAUUAGGAUAGCGGCCAACAUGUCAGCAGAUCUUCAAAUAAUCUAUGCUAGGUUUCAGCAGGAACUCAAAUAUGAUCCCAGUGUAGAAAUUACAACCAAAGCUGAAAGUCGGAAAUAAGUCAUCUAUAUUACCACUGAAGUUGAGAACUUAACAUACGUCGAUCCUUCAAUCAAUAUGGAACUCUGUAUGGAAAAUGGAUCAGCUUGAUCAUUGUGAAUCUCGAUCAUUGAUCAUUGAUCCAAGAAAGGAUCCAUGUUUCCAUCAUUAUGUGGAAUAUGGGCAGUUAUGUUUACUUGGAACUUGGAAUUAUUAUUAUUAGUAAAUGUUGUGUUUGUCCCGAUAAAAAUGUUACAAAAUGUGGAAAGUGACACAUUUAAUGGUAAUAUAUUGAAAACGACAAUAAUGGAAUAAAGGAAUCCGAAAGUGUUAGUGAAAUAUGGAAAUCAUUGUGUACUUCCUACUCAUGUGUUGUAUGAUGCAUAUCAUAUUAUUAUUCGCUUGUACAGUAAGCCGAAAGUGAAUUUCGAAAUUGAAAAAAUGUGGAAUAGCUUGAGCAUUAUUACUAUCCUUAUUUUUAGUGCAAGUCACAGCUAGCUCUUUAUUUCAGAAGGGUGAUGUGGGCAUAUUAAUAUAAUCGAGGAUAUAACCAAAAUACAAUAUAUAUUGUGUAGCCACGAGGAACCCAUACAUAUAUACUUAGUGCAUAGUUUAAAUGUUUUAUAUUUACUCUUAGUGUACAUAGAAACGAUGAAGAAAUAAUUAUUAUUCGCCAAGAUCAGUCAAUGUUUUCUCUCAAAAGACAAGUCCUUAUUAUAAAAUGGCAACGAAAACAAAAAAAAUACGAAACAGAGAUUUAUCUACAAAAUAUGUGACCUAUUUUAUUUACCAAUCAUUUAUCGUUGAACAAAGACAAGUCCUUACAAGGCAAUCAACUUUUAGAAUGGAGAGUUGCGAGUAUUUUCUUAUUUUUUUUAAAUAAAUGACAAGUCCUUUUUUU